AUGAACGGUGAAGAUCCGCCUGAGAGGCCCAGCGAGAUCUCGUCCAUCAUCAACGGACUCGAACGAUACAACCCCGAGGCUGUCGGCGCCCUUGAGACCUAUCUCCAAGACCAAUGCGAGCAGAAGUUCACUGACUGCAAUGCCAACCGAACACUGCUGAAACUAUACCAGCUCAACCCCGACCGUAUCAAGGAUGAGGUGAUCACCAACGUCUUGGUCAAGACAAUGACCCAGUUCCCCUCGGCACAGUUCUCUCUCGCUCUCCACCUUAUCAACCCCUCCGCUGCUGUCACUGGUGACCUCGGCGAAGCUAUCACCAAGCUCCGAUCCCUCAACGGUCAGCUCGAGGGUGCUCAGUACUCCCAUUUCUGGGCCGAUCUCGACGACGACAUGGUUGCCGACUUGAUUGCCGACAUUCCUGACUUUGAGGACGUGGUUCGACACCGCAUCGCCCUUCUCGUCUCACAGGCUUUCCGUGAGCUUCAGAUCACCCAUCUCGAGUCAUGGCUCGGCCUCAACGAGGAUGCCACCAAGAAGUUCGUUACCGAGGUUUGUGGUUGGACUGUCGAGGGUGACGGCAGCGUCAAGGUUCCCUCAAACCCUGACAACGAGGCCAAGAAGGCCGAGAUCCGUGAGGACGUCAACGUCGAGCAGUUCUCCAGGGUAAUCCGACGGUCGUGGGAGGACACUGUUUGA